GGUUGUGAUAAGCUCGAGUACCAUUGGUCCUGCGACUUCACCACAUCAAUUCAUCAUCUCGAGCUCCGCUGACUGUCCAAGCUACACAUUACGUAGCUCACACGACGUAGUCGAAACCCCUCAAUGGCUCCUCCUCCGCCUUCCAACCUCCCGCUGGGCCAGCGCCUAGCUGCCCUCGCGCAAACCCUUCAGUUCGCGUGGUUCGCCGGCCAUGUCACCCUUCUGCUGGCUGCGCUGAGAUACGCACUGUCCUAUAUUACUUUCAACUACAACUCUAAAUGGGCAGCCUUCUCGUACCGUACAGGCUUCAUCUCGGCAUGUGUCACAUACGGCAUUGUCGUUUACAAGGCGUACCGCGCCCGCAUGAGGGCUGGCAAGCAGGGCGGCGUUAUGGCGCUGGCUACUGACGAGAACGUCCAGUACCUGAUCAUGGCUCUUGUCUGGCUCUUCAUGCGCCAGAUCCCUUUGGCUCUGCUGCCCUUCACAGUGUACUCCGUCUUCCACGUUGCUACCUACGUGCGCAACAACCUGAUCCCCACCAUCAAGCCUCAGCCUGCUGCCGCACCCGGCGCUAAGCCCCAGGCUUCGGCUUUCGCUGAGACCAUUGGCAAGUUCGUCAAGGAGUACUAUGAUGCCAGCAUGACUCUGGUCGCUCUCCUCGAGAUUGCUCUCUGGUUCCGUGUUCUUGGUUCCGCUCUCAUCUUCCAGAAGGGCUCUUGGAUUCUGCUUGCUGUCUACACCGUCUUCUUCCGUGCCCGCGUCGCGCAGAGCAGCUUCGUCCAGGACGCCAUCAACCAGGUCACCGCCCGCAUUGACGCUCAGCUCGCCAACCAGAGCACUCCCCCUGCCGCUCGCCAGGGCUGGGGAACCGUCAAGAACAUUAUCCGCCAGGCUGCUGAUGCGACCGACAUCCGCAGAUACGUCGGCGCCCAGCCCGGUGCUCCCAAGAAGGCCCAGUAAACGCAUCCAAAUGCGUGCGACAAAACCCUGCCUUCGAUUCGCGGCGCUCUGCGUGUGCUGGAGGUCCGAGGUAU